AUGAGCGCACGGGUGGUUACAACUGGAGCACUGGCAGUGCUUCAAAUUAGUUACAACAAUUUACAACCAUUGGAACCGCUCUUAAUACCAGAGACCAGUGAUACUAUACAUGCAUUCGAUUUACAUUCAGAUACUAAUGUGAUUCCCGAAGAAGUGGACACCGAGAAGCCGCAGACAUACUUGGAGUUGGUCCAGUUGGACGAUGUUAAGUGUGUCACCAAUACUGAGCCCUUUGAAUGUCCCGUUUGUUUUGUGGAUAUCGGUGUCGGAGAAGGAAUUGUUUUGAGAGACUGUUUGCACUCAUUUUGCAGGUUUUGUCUAUUAAAUGCUAUUCAAUACAACACAGAAGUGGAGGUGAAGUGUCCCUUCAGAAACAAUGACUACUCGUGUGACAGUCGAUUGCAGGACAGGGAAGUGAAAGAAGUGGUUCCCUUAGAUGUAUACGAGAGGUAUCUCCAGAAAAGCAUUUCGACGGCCGAAAGCAAAAUCGAGAAGUCCUUCCACUGCAAGACUGUCGACUGUUGCGGAUGGUGUGAGUUUGACGAUAAGGUCAAUGUGUUUCGGUGUCCCGUUUGUGGGCACGAGAACUGCAUUAACUGUCAGGCCAUACAUGAGACCAUGAAUUGCAAGCAAUAUCAGGAUCAGCUCGACUUCAAUGCCGCACAAAACGAAGACGCCAUGAAGACUAAGGAAUUGAUUGAUAAUAUGCUUCUCAGAGAUGAAGCCUUACGUUGUCCUCAGUGUCAAGUAGUGCUACUCAAGAAAUGGGGCUGUGAUUGGGUUCCGGUGGGGGCCAAAGGGUCGGGGGGACACAUCAGGUGGAUGUCGAUGUAAUGUGAAAGGCGUUAGAUGUCAUCCCAAUUGCAAAUACUGUCAUUAAAUUCAAUGAUUUUUAGAAAUAUUGUGUCCUUCGAAGUCAUUGUUUCCAUUGAGAGCAAUAUCAAAGAAAAUACAACAUUUGGACAUUCAUUCAGUUUUACCCAAACAAACAAAUGCUGUCAAACUCAGGAUCAAUUCAAAAAAUUCAGGAUCUGAUCGCCAAAUAAAUACUUUUUCCCCAAAGAAUUAUAAGAAUAUUUCCAAAUUUUUCAAUUAUUUUAUUUUAUGACAUAUUUAUUAUUUGUAUGUUUUAGCAUUCACUACAGAUUGAAUGGAAAGCAAAUAUGUAGAGAAUGAGGCAA